UUAACCCCUUGCAGUAACCAUGCUCUCAAGCGCUGCCAAAGCUAUGUCAUGCAGCGACUGCAACGUCUGCCAUCAUGGCUCCGAGCAGCUUGAUCUUUUCGCAAGUCGAAGCAGGUUCACAGCUUUAGCAGCUUUGGAGCUGGAUGUUCCGAGACGCCAACAUUUGGGGUCAUUCUUUGAAGGACCAGCCCUUUCAAGUCGACCCAGCUCCUUCUUCGGCCCAAAGAGGCGACUAGAUGGAGGGGUCCGCGAUCCUGAUGGAGGUGCCAUUGUCGAAGACACCAGCUGUCCGAGGCCUGAUAUGCAAGAAAACGCGCACGGCACUGGCUUGAAAGCUGGCAUUCAAAUCGGGGUUUCCACGAUCUUUUUCCUUGGUAUCCCUAUCGGCAUUGCGGGUGGUUUCUUCUACCAGAUUUACGAAAAAACCGUGGAGCUGCGAAAACAGCACGACGCCGAGGCAGCUGAGGCUGCAAAGGUGGCUGAAGCCAAAGCGAAGCCAAAGGCGAAGUUCAAGAUGAAGGCCAAAGCUAAGCCCAAAGCCAAAGCCAGAGCUGAGGAGGAGGAGAGCUACAGCGACGAAGAUUGAAAGAAUAAUGCUCGAAAUCCAUUCCCUGCAG